AAAGCGGGGAAUCCAAAAGAAGGAACACUUCGGAAUUCGUUGUAGCUUAUUGUAGCUUAUAUUAGAUGACAUGGAUACUAGUACAAUAACGAAUACACUUGCUGGAUGUGAUGAAAAUUUCUUUAGCUUGAUUGAAUCUCGUAAUAGAAAGCAUGCUGACCUAACUGAGGAUGGUAAAUCGAUGUUGAAAGAAGCUGUAAUUGAGCUCAUUUCCUACCAUCAAGAUUUAGACCAGGUCUUCAAUGAGACAACAAGCAUUCUAAACAAAGAAAACUGCCAGGACUCAGCUUCGAUUUUGUGCUCAUCUGUCCAAGGUUUAGCUUCUUCUUCAGCAACAUCUUCCGAUUUCAUUGCAACAGAGGCCUGUGCCAAUAAAAUCGUUGAUUUUGUAAGACAACGGAAGGUAGCGAAAAAAUCAUCUACCAUCAUGCAGGAAGAGAUUACGGCAGUGGUUAUGGUAGCGAAAGACUUAAUGGAAAGUCACAACUUGCAGAGAUCAAGAUUUUACAACCUUGUUUGUAAAGAGAUUUGUCUCCCCCUGGAUGUUAUCUGGACUUUACAUGAGACAGGCGUGAUGACUGUGGAAGUCUAUCUAUCUAUUAAGCAAAAUGAGAAAAGUUUUGUGGAGGAGUUGGUACAGCAGAUUUUUGACAGACUUGAUGUGAAACAAGAUAAAAGGUUUAACUUGGAAGGGUUUAUUAAUCAUCUGUCACAGUUAGCGUUUCCUGGAAAAAUUGAUGCUGAUAAAUUACCCCUGAAAAAGUUGGUCAAUGUGAUUUUGGAUUCAACCAUUUUGAAGCUUGUUGACACUAUGACAGCGGACAGUAAUCCUGUAACCCUCCCUGUGGCUACAGUACAGCAGGGAAACAGCGUAGAAGGGGUGAGGAAACAGUACAGCCGUGUCAUAAACCUCAUACUAACACAUCGACCAACCAAAGCUUUAUCAGCAUUUAGUGUCCAGGGUAACCUGACCUACCCCCGAUCUCCUCCACUUCUCGUCACCGUGUUCAAACAGUUAUUGUUGGCGUUUGAUAAUGAAGAAUUGAUAGAAAUACUCCGACAGAUACAGGAUCAGCCAAUCAACUGGCCACGUCUACUGACGCUUGUCUCCACUUUUGUUGUGUGUCAACCUGCAGCUACGGAACGUCUGUUGGAGUUUGUGUACAGCCUGCUGAGGACAGGGUUAGAGAGAUCCGCCAUGGACCAGAUGGCUGUAGCGUUUCUGCUGGCUCGUCAAGUCUGCUUGGAAGGUACACAUGUAGCCAUGUCAUACCAGGACUGGUUUCAGAAAAUGUUCGGUGAUGGAGCCCGAUCUUUGUCUAACACAAGGAAGACUUUCAUGGUACUGAUGAGGUUUUUCACCGAUCUGGUUCCCUACGAAUCUACAACACACCUCAAGGUACAUAUCCUACGACCCCCAUUCGUACCUCCAACCUGUAGAGAACUUCUAACAGACUAUAUCAUGCUGGCAAAGACUCGACUAGCAGAUCUGAAGGAUCCUAUUGACCUGACAUGUGAGAGACAGGAUGGAGAUAAAGCCAAGAUCUUGGAGCAGACCGAAAAGGAUGUACAACUAGCAGUGUCUACUUUUGAGGGGACAAACAAAAUUCCGUCAUCCGUAAUGGAGGCCAGUAUAUUCCGAAAACCAUACUUCAUUGGGAGAUUUCUGCUGGCUUUACUCAAACCAAGACCUCUUCCUGAUGUGCCGGAUGUAAGGAUGAGAUUUAUCGAUAUGCUCAAAAGAGUAGAGAAGAUCCCACCUAACAUGUACUCAACCUAUGUGACAGCUUGUCAUCAGGAGGCAGACAAACUCUUACAAGGUGUUUUCCUGGAGGAUGAUAUCACGGAAAUGACGAUGGACCCCAUAGAGGACCUUGAUCACCGACUUAGUCAACUGGUAGACAAAGUCGCUCUUGGACCAGCUAAUCAACACUACAAUCUCAAAGAACCAGAACUGAUGUCUCUCGUGAGAGAGAAGAUAUCUGUUGUGCUAAACGAGGACGGUUUUCAGUCUCCGCAGCAAGGUGUGGUCACAGUCGACUCUCAUUCGCCACAACUCUCUCUUAUGCAUGUUAAGGUCGUGGACCUGUUGCUGAAUGUUACUUGUAAGUUGACCAGUCACAGUUUACAGACUGACCAGCCGGACCUUACUUGGGCCUCACAACUUUUCAGCGUAAUCGGAGAGUUCCCCACUCUACAUAAAGCUCUGUAUACCCGUAUUUGGAAGCUCAUCAUGGAGAAUGGUUCAAAACCAGAAGAGCAUCAUAUCCAAGGCAUUGCCAUGUCCAUGUGUCAAAUGAGUGUCCAGUAUGAACGGUUUGGUGAGGCAUGUGUCAAGGUCUGUGGAAGGGUCAGUCUGACCGAUGCCCUCUCACACCUGGUAUGGUCACAGGGGUCAUUACGGUCAGCAGAGUGUAUGCGAUUGAUGCUCAGAUUGAGUACUGCCUAUUUCCAGUGUGUGUUUAGCUGCUUGGACAGUACCCAGCUGGCUGGUCUGAAGGACAAGGUCAUCCCAAGGUCACUCGUCACUUUGUUUGUUUUUUUGUGCUGUCGUCUGCUGCCAGAGACCAGAAAUCAUUACAACCCCAGAGGAUCAGGGGAGUUUAGACUGACACAUCUCAUCUACCGCUCAAAGAAGUUCACAGAAUGUUGUCAGCACAUACAGCUGACCUUUAAAGAGUGGGUUACCAUGGAGAUGACAGUGUGUCGUGAUGUUGACUUCCUCAGUUUUCAUGAAAGGAGGGAGUACCUUUGGUGGUGUAUAUACCAGAAGUUUCUCUGCACGGUUCCCAGGUCUGACAAAAUGAAAAUUGGGAGUGAAGGGCUGGAUGUGAGGGAAGCCAGCUCUAUACUGAUGGAGACUUUAAUCUGGCAAAAUAUUAGUAAAGGUUUGGAGGCUACAACAAGAUGUGGUCAGUGUCACAGAGACCGGAAAACUGGGUCAGAUUACGGAGGACAAGCUGAUUUCGUACACCUGCUUCAGGAAAUGGUGACGAUGUUACCUAAUACAGGAAGUGAAGAGGAUUGUGGGAAUCCAUGGCUACUUCAGCAACUGUUCCAGGCUUUAAAGCAGCAUGGACGUGACACUCUCGGAACAGAAGCAAUCCUGCAUCAUUUCAUACAUCUGGCCAUGUGUUUGCCUGCCCACUUGUUUUACUGUGACAAUGUCCACAAGUUGACUGACUUUGGACCGAGCUGUGAUGUCAUCAACAAACACUUGAAACAUGGACUAUGUCAUGGCAGCCAUUUUCCUCUCAGUGUGACCCAGUAUCUCAUACAGGGAAUGGCUGACUGUGCCCAGUAUACAGAUGUUAGUGAAGUGUUUCUGAAGGCUCCAAUACUGUCCAUCUCAGCCUUGAUACAUGUCCAGCAGAUCUCUGGUGUGAUAGCAGCAACACAGACGGAUCAUAUCCAAGAUACUUCAGUCAUAUUAAUUGUGGAAUGGCUCCAACGGUAUUUAAGUGGACAGAGAGAAGCAUUUCCAGAAGAAGGCUCUUCCUGGAUGAUUGCUGCAGCUCUCCUCCUUCUCACUUUGACCAGUGAGGAGAUACCACAGAACCUACUGAAGGAUGUCACUUCUUCUGGAUCAGGCAAUGAUAUACUGGCAGUGUAUUGUCACCUUGUUUUAGCUGAACUGUCAAGCGCACAGCUGUGUAACAGUGAGACAAAGAUACAGAUCCUACAAGAAUCCUGUGUACAUGUCCUACAGUCAUGUCCCAUGUUGCUUACCGCCAUUGUCCAGCCUGUCACAGAGCACUUACUUUAUACCACGGAUAGAGCCCAGAGGGUGGAGCACUUAACAUUGCUGAGAAUUUUGUGUAAAUCUGAGACAUCUGACAUCCUUAGAACACCACGUGGCUUGGUCUGUGUCAUCAUGAUGUUUGGAAAUGUAGUUCAGCUGUUUGAUCAAGGUCAAGCACUUGAGGGACUUGAUUGUGAAGUAUCCGAGGUCCUCUCCAUACAAGAAGUUUUGGAGCUGUCAGAAUUUGUGAAAGAGUGUAUCAAGCUCUCCAGUGUUGAGCAGUUAAAUUGUAUUGAAAGUAAGAAUACCAUUAAAAUGUGUGGACCUGAUAUCUACGUUACAUUUAAACAAAGACUUUCCACGAUCAGAUGACUGAAGAAAUAGAAGAAAAUUUCACCUCGUUUAUUGUGCACAACUUUUAAUAAAAAUGAAAUUUUUUUUA